AUGACAAUUCUAAAGGUGAAUGAUUUUUUUCUUUCCUAUUUAAAGGAAGAGCCAAGGCUGGAUGUUCUGAUAAAUAAUGCAGGGAUAUUCCAGUGUCCGUACAUGAAGACAGAGGAUGGUUUCGAGAUGCAAUUUGGUGUAAACCACUUGGGUCACUUCUUGCUCACCAACCUUCUUCUGGGCCUCCUCAAAAAUUCUGCUCCGAGCAGGAUUGUGGUAGUAUCCUCAAAGCUUUACAAAUAUGGAGAGAUCAACUUUGAAGACUUGAACAGUGAAAUAAGUUACAAUAAAAGCUUUUGUUACAGUCGGAGUAAACUGGCUAACAUAUUAUUUGCAAGGGAGCUAGCCCGUCGGUUAGAAGGGACAGGAGUCACCGUCAAUUCACUUCAUCCUGGGAUUGUCAGAACAAAUCUAGGCAGGUAUGUGAAUAUUCCUUUGCUGGCAAAACCCCUAUUCAACUUGGUGUCAUGGGCUUUCUUCAAAACACCUCUGGAAGGAGCCCAGACUUCUAUUUAUUUGGCCUCUUCUCCUGAUGUCGAGGGUGUGUCAGGAAAAUAUUUUGGGGACUGCAAAGAGGAAGAACUCCUGCCCAAAGCCAUGGAUGACUUGGUUGCAAGAAAGUUGUGGGAUAUCAGUGAAGUGAUGGUUGGCUUAUUGAAAUAAGUGCCAGGGGCUGUCUGCAAAAAAGAAUGCAGAUAACUGCAAUGCAUAUUUGCAAUAGUGUAGUUCUCACUGUAAGUGCUGUGGGAAUACAGAUUACUCAAUAAGUAUUAAAUACGGGAGUGAUUUAUGCUGGAACUCUGUUUUGAAAGAAAGGACAAUCUUUGUUUAAUAAAUAGACACAGGCAUUCAAAAAAAGUCUGAAAUAGAGUUUGAGGGUGUGAAUAUAAUUUCUGGUUAAAUCUGCUUGGAAACUCAUGCUUUACAAAUAAAAAUUAAACAAGACUGUUUUGCAAUAUGUGUGCAUAU